UCUGUGUGUGUCUGUGUGUGUUUGUGCUUUUGCUCAGUGCCUGCCAGUCAGUCAGUCAGUCAGUCAGUCAGUAGUUUCGGAGGAGGGGGGAAACUCACUCACACACACUCUCUCUCUCUCUCUGCGCGGCGCAUACCUCCCCUCCGCCCCCUCCAAUUCCUCUCCCUCUUUUUCUCCCACUUCCUUCGCAUUUUCUCAUUCUUCAAUCAUGGCUGAUGCUCCAUUGAAAUCGGGAGCUUCGGCUCCAAAUUCUCAACCAGAACUACAGCAACAACCCCAGCAACGGGUGCGCAAGCGACGCAGACGGACCAUGGCGUGUAUGCAGUGCCGCAGCAGAAAGCUCCGUUGCGACCGUGAAUAUCCCGUAUGCGGACGGUGUCAGAAGAGCAAAACACCCACCAGGUGCACCUACGAGGAUGGUUUUCUCUGGCAGCAACCCAAUACAGUUGCUUCGCCCGUUUUCUCCGAGCGAGGUCCCACAGCCACGACACAAAUGGCCCAAACUGAUCGGGCGACUGCCCACCCUACCCCGGACUCGGGGAUAAGUAGUUUGCCGACUCGGCCUCAACCGACCUCCAGAAGCUCACGUCCCGGCGAGGAGAGGCGCGAUAAGUUUCUGGAAACCGUGCUGGGCGCCCCCAAGGCUGCCGUCAAUCAAGAACCCUAUGCAAAUACCGGUCUGCUGCAACGUCCUCGACAGGUCUUGGAACCUCACCAGGACAACACCCAGCCGCACCCGGGCGACGAGGACGAAGAACUAGCGUCGCCCACGCAGCAGCUCGACAUUUCGCCGCGGAUCAUGAUGCGAGGCCGAGAGACCAAGACGCGUUACAAUGGCUCGGGCAUAUUUGCCAAUCUGAUAGCUCAGUUCCCCGAUCUCAGGGCCUUCGCGGAAGAGAUUAGGGUUGCCAGUCCUCAUCUCUCAGCCUUGCGACCGGAUCUCAUCCGAGUCAAAAGAGGUCUCUGGAAGAGAAAACCCCUGAAUGAACCGUUUCCGAUGCCCACCAUGCAAUCACUAACCGCCAUGCUUCCGUCGCGCGCAGUGAUCGACGAGCUGGUUUACUUGUAUUGCAUCUAUAUCGAGUCUACGCAUCGAAUCCUUCAUAUGCCUUCCUUUCUUGAGGAACUAGAGCGGUUUUGGACGCAGAGGGAGAGUCCCGACAUGACCUCACCCGUAUUUGUCGUUCAGUUGCUCUUGGUGCUGGCUUGUGCCUGGAACUUGGCGGACUUCAACACCCUUCAAAUGAAAACCGACGGGACCCUCACAUGUUACACUGCCAUUGAGUGGGUUCUUCAUGUCGAAAAGUGGCUCGAAAAUGCCAAUUUCAAGCGACCCGAACUCGCAACUCUCCAGCUACAAACACUGCUCGUCAUUGCUCUGAAUAUUCAUGGGAUGAAGCGCAGUCAGGCUUGGCUUGCUACCGGGACCCUCGUGAAACGGGCUAUGAUGGCAGGUUAUCACCGCGACCCAAGUCGAUAUACCAAAAUUUCCACGUUCAGCAUGGAAAUGCGCCGACGGAUGUGGGCGACUAUCGUGGAACUCGAUCUUCAAAUCUCUCUAGAACGAGGCAUGCCCCCUUCAGUGCAAGAAGACGAUUAUGACACGUUUCCAGCAUUGAAUAUCGAUGAUACAGAUAUUCAAGACGAUAGCACCGAGCUUCCAGAAGAAAAGCCGCUUGAUGUGCUGACGGAUUCUUCUUUCCAGGCGGUGCUGACACAAUCGCUGCCUCUGCGGCUGAAGGCCUGUGCCCUGAUGCAUUCUCCCCGGAUCAGCUGUCGAUAUGAGGAGAUCAUACGCCUGGACUGGGAAUUGAACCGUCACCUUUCCAAGAUCCCGGCCUGGCCCACGUCUGAAGUGGAAGACUUCCGUCGUACUUCGGACCGAGCAAUCUUGAUCAAGGCCCUUCUGGAGAACAAGAUCGGUCAUUCACUUCUGUCCAUCCACACGCCUUUUGCGAUUGAAGCUCCCAGGGAGGCUUUGUUUGCACCUUCGGCGCGGUCCCGCCUCGAAGUGGCGUCGAUGAUUUUGUCCACCCAGCGACGACUCCGUGAAAGGUCACCUCAGCUGUCGCUCUGCAAUUUGGGGGAAUGGACCGUGCAGGCUUACUGUACCAUCUGCCAGCUCCUUCACGAAAAAGACAGCAAUACCGGCGGGUGUUGUACUUUCCUUACCCGCACCCUACCUGGGCUUCCCGAAUCUUUGAUCUCCCUAGUAGAAACAACCUUGACGUGCCUUGAAUCUCGAUUGCUUCUGGUGGUCAAGGGAGCCAAAGAAUACUUCUUCAUGUCCACGAUCUUGGCGCUGGUCAAAGCCACUCUCUGGCCAAGUCAGUCGCACAUCUACAAACAGGAAGUCGUGGAGCGCGUGAUCCUUUUCGCGCAGACACUCUUCACCCGACAUGCCAAUUGUGCUCAUUUGGGCGACUGGGGCAUGGGAAGCUUUAAGACUAACCAGGUUCCGAGCUUAAACGCCGGUCCUGGGCUGGCACCACCCUUUGUCCCAGACGUAGCUGUAGGGCAACCAGGGACCUUUGGCAUGGUGCCUGCCGUAGACCCGUUCCUCGAUUCGUUUGACUGGGCCGACCUGACGGGCAUAACGUUCUAGCGACGAUGUAAGAGUAGUUAUCUCAUGUCCACCUUUCCUAUCUACCUAACGCCCACACCCGAAUGAUGGUAUGCACUGUACAAUUACAUUUGAUCACCUGUAUCAUCCAUGUCCUCUUUGAUGGCCUUAGUCAGACGAUGAAGAUCAUCGUGGCGGUGACGCCAUGCGAUCGGGUGGAGCGACGAUCAACGGCAUCGCGUCGAUGUCACCGCAUAGUCAUGCACCCAC